CCAAGUCUUGACAUAUCCGAUAGAGGCGACGAUGAGCCUGCGAGUUCUGCACUCUGUGGACGUCCUGCUGUUUGCAGCAGCGGUGGUUAUCCUUUACAAGCUGUACACCCGCUUGACAAAGCAGGCACAGUAUCCGUACCCGCCAGGCCCGCCAGGGUAUCCGAUCAUUGGACAUGUCAAGGGCCCCGAGGAGCCAAGCUGGAAAGUUUAUCGUGACUGGGGUCAGCAGUACGGCUCCGACGUCGUCCACCUUAACAUGGCAGGCAUGAAUCUCGUCGUAUACUUCGCGUCCUUUAUAAUGUCUUUCCGCACUUACGGUCACACUGGCGGCAGACCCACGUCGGGCAUCACGAUGGUCUCCGAGCUGUAGGUGCCCAUAC